CCUUUGCCAUUGUUUAUCCUAGCCGGACCUCCGCCGCUUUCGCUGAGCUCUGUGCACCAGUUGUCUGUGUUGAUUACUCCUAAUGGAUCCUAUACCGUUUUCGUUGUGUUAUUUUAAAACGAAUCGCUCGUUUGGUUGAAUCUACGCGGCCAGCACAGAGAAAAGCGAGAACAUGAUGUAAUGGAGAUCACUCGGACCAGACCGUCCUUGUAUGGAGAAAUAGCCCAUGGCCUUGGAUUCUGGACUGACCGUUCAGCGGUGCAUGAGGCUGCCGCACAGGGCAGAGUCCUUCAGCUCCAGCAACUGAUUGAGGGAGGUGCGGCUGUCAACAUUGUGUCUGUGGACUCCAUCACACCUCUGCAUGAGGCGUGCAUACAGGGUCAAACGCAGUGUGUCAGGCUGCUGCUGGAUGCUGGAGCUCAGGUGGAUGCUCGCAACAUAGACGGUAGCACUCCACUUUGUGACGCCUGUGCGGCUGGGAGCCUGGACUGUGUCAAUCUGUUGUUGGAGUAUGGGGCAACAGUCAAUCCUCCACUGUUCACCUUCUCUCCUCUUCACGAGGCAUGCAUGGGAGGUAAUUCGGCUUGCGUUCAGCUCAUGAUAGAUCGCGGGGCCUUCAUGGAGGCACACGACUGCCACUAUGGGACACCCCUUCAUGUUGCCUGUGCAAGGCAACAUUAUGAAUGCGCCAAAGUGCUCCUCAUUGCAGGAGCAAACGUGAAUGCAGCCAAACUCCACGAGACGGCUCUUCAUCACGCAGCCAAAGCAAAGAACAUAGGCCUCAUCGAGCUUCUUGUGGAGUUUGGGGGAAAUGUGUUUGCCAGAGAUAACCUUAACAAAAAACCUAUCCACUACACCAGUGUGGGAUCCCCCUCUUUCGCCUGUCUACAGUUCUUUGAGAACAACCCUCUGAGUCUGCAGCAGCUAAGCAGAGUGGCUUUCCGGAGGAGUCUCGGCCACAAAGCGCAGGACGCUGUACCUGGGCUGGGCUUGCCCAAAAGUAUCAUAAACUUUCUCUCCUACACACCACCUAUUGCUGUUCAACUUUAGCAGAUUGACACUUCAGUGUUGUUUAGUACCAUUUUCUGCUGUUGGUUUUUUUAAUGUAACAUGUGACACAAUGAUGAAGAUUCUCUCUGCAUGAAGUCUGCUUAGAACGGUUUACUUAAAGUCCCACUCUGAUCAUCUUUUGAUCUUUUUUAAAAGCGUUCCCAGUGGUCUUUUACUUACUAAUAUGCAGUUUUAAAAAACAAUUUUUUUAAGCUAAAUUCAAAAAUCUGUGUUGUUCUCCAUGAAAUAGUGUCUGCAGAGUGGCAGUGGAUAAUCAGAAGUUUCCUCUGGAGUUGUGGGACUGCUAGAGCAGAGUAAGCCUGCCCGCACUUCCCGUCACCCAUCGUUUUACAGUCUCUCCCACUGGCCUAAAGCCCCUCACAACCCCAGCCUAACAUUAUUGGUGCAACAAAAAUCGUGAGCAAUAUUGGAGCUAUCCAGUCGUAUAUUGAAGAGCCAGAUGCCAGAUCAGACAAGGAAAACAAAUACCUACAUGGAUCUAUUUGUCUACAACUGGAUGCAUCAGAAUGAAGUGGAGCAGGGAGCUUGAUGCCCAUCCAGUGUGUUUGUGUAACAAAUACGAUCUUUUUCCAACAGCAGUUUUUCAUCUGUUCCUGAUUCACAACAAUUUGAAUAUAGAAAUACUCCAUCAUCAGAAGAAUACUACAAGAACAUGUUAAAAAGACUACAAAAACAACUUUCAUCAGAGUGGGUCUUUACGGAAACGUGUUGUAGCUUCUCCUUAUAUUUUGUCUUUGCUCUUCACUUUUAAGGGCUGGUCUGCUGUAAAUUAUGUACAGAGAUAUUGAGACAGUAAAGUAUUCCAAGUACUAUCUCUUAAAGCCAGUAACUUUCAUCUCUAACUUCUCAUUUCUUUAUUUAUGCAGAUUUAUAUUUUUAUGAAUCAUAUGUGUGAAAUAUUGUUCUCCUUUGUCCCUACCUGCGCUAGUAAUCAGAGCAAGUUCCAGAAAUGGAAUAACUACCCACUCCAAUCUGAGUGUGAGGAACAAGUUUGUUCAUAUCACAUUCAGAGUACUUCAGUACUUAAGUACUGUUGCGGCUUUUUUGAAUUGAAAAUGAGUUCACAGAGAUGUGACUCGCUCAGAUGAGUUUUAGCUACAUAGCAUUUUAAAUAAGGUUUAGUUAAACUUAAACUGAUGACUUGCACACUGUCAUUGUUUUUUUUGUUACAAAUUUCCUGUAAAUGUGUAAAUAAUGUAGAUGGUUAUACUUCCAUAAUCUAUAUAAAAAAGAAUGAAGU